GUCGUUGUGAAUAACUGAAGUGAACAGUUUAGUGCACGAGCUCACGACCGGCGCUUAAACAAACCUGAAGCUGUUGUUCGUCUGGACACAUCUGGGAGACCAAAUCCACUCAAACCCACGCAGUCUUUUCUUCAACAUCCGUUGUUCACUGUGAUUGAUUUGCCACCAUGAUGCAAACAAAGUUGAUUGCAUUUGGGAAGAUGCUUAUGCGUAGGCGUGUGCUGGACACCACCGAAAUGGAGACUCGCUUUGCUCGCUGUCUGUCUACUCUGGACCUCAUUGCUCUGGGAGUUGGUGCCACAUUAGGGGCUGGAGUGUAUAUUCUAGCUGGAGAAGUGGCCCGGGAGAAAGCUGGCCCAGCCAUAGUGAUUUGCUUCCUGAUUGCCGCUCUGUCCUCGGUGCUUGCUGGCCUAUGUUACGCUGAAUUCGGAGCACGUGUCCCAAAAACAGGCUCCGCUUACCUCUACAGUUACGUGACAGUGGGUGAAAUCUGGGCGUUUAUCACAGGAUGGAACCUCAUUCUAUCCUAUGUAAUAGGAACAGCCAGUGUGGCCCGAGGUUGGAGCUCUACUUUCGACACCCUGGUCAAUAGGAGCAUCUCAAACGUUUUCAGUAAAUACAUGUCUCUUCCAGAAACUGGGAACGUGCUGGCAAAAUAUCCGGAUCUGUUUGCGCUUUGCCUUGUCAUACUGCUUACUUGCCUGCUGGCGUUUGGCGUGAGUGAGUCAGCCCUAGUGAACAAGAUCUUCACAGGCAUCAACCUGGUGGUGUUGAGUUUUGUCAUCAUUGCUGGCUUUGUGAAGGGCGACACUGCCAACUGGAACAUCUCUGUGGAGGACAUCAAAAACAACAAAAGUCCUCCAGUACCCCAUACCUCAGACUUUGGCACAGGAGGUUUUGCCCCAUUUGGCAUUUCUGGGAUUUUGUCUGGUGCAGCCACUUGCUUCUAUGCAUUUGUGGGUUUUGACUGCAUUGCCACCACAAGUGAAGAAGCCAAAAACCCGCAGCGUUCAAUUCCAAUAAGCAUAGUGGCUGCACUGCUCAUCUGCUUCGUUGCUUACUUUGGAGUGUCUGCAGCUCUCACGUUGAUGAUGCCUUACUACCUUCUAAACACUGACAGUCCAUUGCCUGAGGCUUUUGAAUAUGUGCAAUGGAUACCUGCUCGCUACAUUGUGACUGUAGGCUCCCUCUGUGCUCUUUCAACCAGCUUGUUGGGUUCAAUGUUCCCCAUGCCCCGUGUAAUCUUUGCCAUGGCUGAGGAUGGCCUGCUGUUCCGUUUCCUCUCCCGCAUGCACAAGAAAACAAAGACCCCCAUGCUUGCCACCAUUGUGUCUGGCAUUGUUGCAGCUCUCAUGGCCUUCUUAUUUGAUCUGGCUGCUUUGGUGGAUCUGAUGUCUAUUGGGACCCUGUUGGCUUACACACUGGUGGCAGUUUGUGUGCUCAUCCUCAGGUACCAGCCAUACAGCCUGAAUUCCAGCACUGACAUAAAGCCUGUGGAGCUGCAGACGCUGACUGAAAGGGAGUAUGUGACCGAGCUGGAGAAAAAGCCACAUAAUGAGACGUUCUCCCUCAGACAUCUGCUGCUGCCUGGCUCUGAGUCACCCACCAAGACUUCAGGCCUCAUUGUCUAUGUCACUACAGCUGUUACCUGUGGGUUUUUCACUCUGCUGUGCAUAGUGCUGGCAGUGUGGGGUGAGAACAUCAUACAGGGGGAGUCUGUAUGGGUCACUGUAGUGACAGUGCUCAGCAUCACCUCCACCAUCUGCAUUGUCAUCAUCUGGAGACAGCCUCAGAGCAACGAGGCCAUCAGCUUCAAGGUGCCUCUGCUUCCUAUCUUACCUUUGGUCAGUAUCUUUGUUAACAUCUACCUCAUGAUGCAGAUGGAUGGAGCAACAUGGAUUCGUUUUGCAGUAUGGAUGGUUAUUGGCUUUUUGAUUUACUUUGGGUAUGGAGUCAGGAACAGCUCAGAAGCCAAGCAGAAUUCAGAGGCUGUUCUGGAAGUAAAGAAGCCGAUAUAUUCUUGUAAAAAUGUCAACGAAGUUGAAGGAAGUGCCGCCUAAGAAGGAUGAGUGAAAUAUGGUUUAGUGUUUACAACAGGGUUUAUAAAUCUUUCACAUACGCACAAUCCUAUGAUUUUUAACCUGCAGAUUGCCUUAUUUAUUGUGUAAAUGAGCUGUUUCUCAUCUCAUGAUCUGUAGUACUGGUGUACCACAUUAUAAUUUUCAUGAAUGAAUUGCAUAUCAAAAUUUAUAAUAAGUUGUGAUCUUUAGUGACACCAAAUAUUUAUUUUAUAAUUAAAUUCGGAGUUGACUAUUUAGAAAAGUGACUGUUUUUGUUUUAAAUGUUUUUGUUUUAUAUAUAUUUAGAUUUAUUUUUAUUAUUAAGUACCAUUACGAUUGCAAUAGCACAAUGUCCCCCGUGAUGUCAGCAGGGCACACAACCAAUAAAUUCUCAUGGGAAUAAUGAAAAUACAGCACCAUCCAUUAUAUUAGCACCCGAAUCACAGUAAUCACAGUAAUUGGAGUAUGUUUACAUUCAAAAAUGUAUUUAAUUAAUUACUAAAUUACAUUUGAUCAGUAUUUGGCAAGUGACAUAUUUGUGAGUUAUGGUUGGGGGGGAUGACAUUACAUAAAGUGAGGUUUGCCACAUAGCUUUCUGCAGCUGUUAUAAAUUCUUUUUGUUUUAUGUUUUUAAUAAACCCAUGUUUCUGAUGGGUUGUGCCUUGAAGAGAGUUUACAUAUAAUUAGUUUAGUUGUUUUUUGACUGUUUUAAAAAGUGUAAUGGGUUUUGUUUACCUAGAUUUUUAUUAAUUACAUAAAUAUUUAUGUAUAAAUAUAUUUUAGGUAUGCGAAUGAAAACAAUGUGCUUUAUUGUGAUCUACCAUGUAGUAUGUGUAUCAACAUGGUUGUUUAUGAACAGAUAUUUGUGAAUAUACACCAGGUGUAGAUCAGUCAUUGACUGUGUUUCUUGGCAGUGUGCAGUUUUAACCUCCAUCUUGGAAGCAUAUGUCAGCGCUGUUUUCCAUUAUUGUGGAUUUUAACCACUUUAAAAGUCACACUGGACCAUGAUUAAUGGGAUGUUUUUAUUAUUUUUUACAUUUUAUUAAACAAUAAAGCAUUUCAUUAAUUUAUUAGACUGUUCACUAGUCAUGUGUAAGUGUAUUGUGUAAUGUUUACACAGUGAUGUUUUGUAUUAUAUUAGGAGAUCAUCUUUGACAUGUAAAUUAUUUCUGCUGUGUUGCCUUUUUUUGUUGUUGUUUAAAUCAGUUGUCUUUUUGUUUUAGUUUGUUUUAUUGUAAGUGACCAAGUUUCUGUAAAUAAGCCCUUGUUCUUUAAAGAAUUCAUUUUCUGUGCAAAUUGU